CCAACCAAUCUCACUGUCUCUGUAGUAAUAUCAGCAUCUAUUGUCUUGACCAUGGCAUCGGCACCUCCGCCCCCCAACCUACAAGCUCCUCCCCCACCACCUAGUGGCCUUCCACCGCCACCACUUCCAAAUGCUGGUCCUCCUCCUCCACCUGCUGGAUUGCCCCCUCCUGGAUUACCUCUACCAGGAAUGAAACCGAAACCUGUGGUGCCACCUCCGCGAGUGACUCUUUCCACGGCGGUCUUGUUGAACAACAUGCCUUAUUUUCUGCACUCCAAUCGAUCGCUUCGUGAUGUUAUCUAUCCUUGUGGAUCUGCUCGGAACAUUGCCUUUCAUCCAACUCCACCCAAAGAUGACGUCGAAGUGAACAAGGAUCAAACCUUUACAGCUCUGGUCACCAUGUCCCAUCCCGAUGGAGCCCUCAAGUUGCUCUGCGCCUGUCGCGAAAUGAAGACACUCUUGCUGGAGGGAGCCGAGGAAAAGAACAAACCGGCCUACGAAAAAAUGAACUUUCAUAUGGUCCCCAACGAUCCUAAAAUCCCCAUGCCACCCCUCAAAAUUGACGAACAGACGGCCAAGAUUCUGGGAGAACGACUCUCGCAACAGUUCAUCAAUCACGUCACACGAAGCAACAAUCCUAGACCUGCCGACUUGACGGCAAACAACAAUCAAGCCAACAGGGACAGGGGAUUGGAUAUGGAAAAAUUAGCGGCAGCAGCCGGUGGAGGCUACGAUGACGAUGUCGACCCCCUCAAUACUCCUCAGGUCAUUGCGGCCGUCAAGGCAUUCCGCACCAAACUGGAUGAAACACAAUCCACGCAAAAAAAGCGCCGUGCCGAAAUUGUCAAACAAAAGGUGCAGGCGGCCAAGGAACGAUUGCGUCCUCUCGUGGAAGAAGAGCGCAACAAACCACGCGUUCCCGCUAAUUUGCCUCCCCCACCCAUGCUACCACCGCCCAUGCCCGAAGGAUUGCCACCUCCUCCCCCACCAGGUUUGGCGGUUCCUCCUCCACCGGCCAAACGUGCUCGUGUGGCGGAGCUUCCCAGUAUGGAACCCACCGCCACAUUUCCGGAAUUGCCAGCGGCGGCACAUGACACGUUGCGGGCAUUUGUGUCCAGUCAAAUCAAGCAGUACAUGGGAGAGGAAGAAGCGACACUGAUUGACUUUUUGCUCAAAUUGGUGCUCGACCCUCAAACCACUGUAGCCAAGUUGAUGGAAGAGUUACAGCCCGUGUUGGAAGAAGAUGCGCCCGUCUUUGCGCAGGAACUGUGGAAGAAGGUGCACGAAUUGCAGCAGCAGUAA